AUGUCUGACUUCAGCGCUUUCGCCCUCUUCACUGCGGGUCUUGCCUGCUUCAUCCCAGCCGUCGCUGCGUGGACUCAACCCGUGGGCGACUCGCCGUCUGGCAACCCCAUCUCCCAGCCAGGCUUGAAUAGCGUGGUCCCAGUCGGCCAGCCCUUCACCAUCACCUGGCAGCCAACCACCUCCGGCACCGUGACCAUUGUCCUCCUCAAGGGCCCGAGCAGCAAUGCCGUCCCUCAAUACGCCAUCGUGGAGAAGAUCCAGAACAGCGGCUCCUACGCCUGGACCCCAUCCACCGACCUCGCGCCCGGCGACACUGGCUACGGUCUCCAGUUGAUCGACGAUGAGAAUGGUCAGUAUCAGUACAGCACCCAAUGGGGUAUCUCGAACCCAGGCUACGUCUCCAGCUCGUCCUCUGCCUCUGCCUCCACGACUGUGACCGUGACAUCCUCUGCCUCGUCCUCUGAUGCCUCCGCCUCUUCUACGUCGUGGGCUCACGGCGGUAACCCCUGGGAUACGGCGAUCAACUCCUGGUUCUCCGCCUCAGCCUGGACUACAGACGGAAGCUGGAGCUCCGCUACCGGCUCCUGGUCUUCUUCCGCCACUGGAACCGCAACUGUCACCGUCCCCGCAAACGGCACCAGCGCCUCGGCUACACACAACACCACUAUGUCUGUCCCAACCGCGACUGCCGUGGUCUCUUACAGCAUGCCGGCCAACACUUCGGUCGUCCUCCCAACCAACUCCAUGACCGUGCCAUCCUCGCUCAAGACUUCCGCCACGGCCUCCUCGUCCGUCAGUGCACCAAGCGCCUCCCGACCAGCGACGACAAACGCCGCCAACACCAUGGCGACCUCGUUCGCUGGGCUCGUCAUAGCAGCUGGUGUCGCCGUCUUCGCUUUGUAA